AUGAUCAUGGCUGCUGGUAUGAGUUUACCAUUGUAUCCAGCCCUCAGGGUGCUAUUGCGCACAGCACUUGGGCCCGAUGUACCCAGGUCUGAUGCGUUACUGGCCGUUCUUCUGGGUUACCUGCCUUCCCUACAACGUCUCGAGAUCUCAAUGGAGCACGAGGACCCGUAUACCGAUCCUCAAAUGACAGAUUGGAACCUGGUUGAACGUGUUUUGAUGGGUAUCGCCAGCGCACGCCCGAUACACAUCGAUGGAAAUGGCAUUAUAACUUCUUCUACACCUAUGCUAUCCAAGCUCACUCACCUGAAAGCGGAAAUCAAUGGAAACUUACCCUUAGCUGACAUUGAUUGGCUCAUGGUGCUUCUUCAAAUUCCCACAUUGACCCAUAUAUUCGGCACCAAAUGGACCAACGCAGCACGGUGGUUGAGACCUGAAUUUGUCAAUGCCGAUCGUCUGGUUCACCUCGAGCUUCGUGAGUGCACCUUUGAUGCUCAGAGCCUUGAAAGGCUUCUCAACCAGACCCGCAACUUGCAAACCUUCAUCUACGAACGCGGGUGGACAAAGCGGAUGGGUUGGGUCAUGAAAGCCUCCGCGCUCACCCACGCGCUUCAAUACACAUCGAAGACCCUCACCUGUCUUGAACUAUCAUUCAAUCGAUCUGACCGAAAGAUAAACGAGAACUUGUAUCUUCAGCCUCUCGACCUCUCGGGGCUUGUUCAUUUGAAGAGACUACGACUAUCCGCUGGCUAUCUUGUUCAGACUGAAGAGAAAAUGGCUAGGUUUAGAGGUCGUUACCGGUCGCUAUAUGACGAGGACGGGGUGUACAACAGUGCAAGGCCAGUGCACCACCUGCUUCCCAAAUCACUUGAGGAGCUGCACAUCUUCCAAAUUCACGAUGAUCUCGAGUUUAUCCUCAUGAGUGAUAAGUUGUGUGAAGGUCUCUGGACCAGAACACUUCCCAUUUUGUCGCAACGCCAAUUGCAACACCUCAAACAGAUCAUAAUUGAGGCCCCUUUUGAGGACAGAGGGGUGUUCGUGUUUGAGGCACUCUCCAAGGCCACAAACCAGGUUGGAGUGAAGUUAACAACGAUUGAAAAUUCCGCCGAUUACAUCAGAUCUUGGAUUACCGGCGAGACAAAACGAACAUGCCCGGAAAAGAAGAUUGACUGGGGGUUUGACGGCCAAAUCCAGUGGGCACAUCCUUUCACUCAGCGAGCGGACUCGCAUUUCGAUUUCCGCUGA